AUGUCGAGUCAAACUUGCAAUUCUUGUCGAGGAACACGAUUUACGUUAACUGAUGGUUUUAUGUAUUGUGAUACAUGCGGUGCAAUGCUAGAAAACUUCGAGGAACUCGAAGAAGAGGAUGAGCAACGAAUUAAUGUUGGAAGAGCAAAAAUUCGGGUGAAAAAGAAGAAAGUUGCUGGUGGACGAGCUCAAGAAGGUGAAGAUGAAGAAGAAGAUCAAGAAAAAGAACGAAAAGUUAGAAGUGAGGAGGAUAAAAUGCGCGAAAAAUCGAAAUUCUUCACCUCGCAGCCUGGAACCUCGCAGGUUAUUCCACCAAAAUCCACACCAGAUUAUCUAUAUCGAACAGGAAUCAGGCUAGCAACAUUUUCCCAACUUCUUUCAAGAUGCGCAAAAAUUCUAGUCAAUGAUUUGAACAUGCCGCCCGAGUACAAUGGAGCGUGUUUGCGAAUUUUUCAAAAAUAUUUGUCACAUUGUCAAAUCGCAUUUUGCAACGAAGAACUCACAGAUGACGUGGAUUUGCAAUUCAGUGCAAUUGUUGAGAAUAAAGAUUAUGAGAGAGAAGAGGCGGAGAGAAAAAAGAGAAAAAUUGAAGAGCGAAAAACGAAAGGAUUGAAAAUAUUGGGACAAUCUACGGCCGCUUGGCAACUUUUGACGCAAGGAAAUUUGGAUGAAACACUAGCGCAAGAAGAAGAAGAGGAAGAAGAGAGUACAUUAGUUGAGGAGACGCAGAAUUUGACAUUCGCUGAUGGAGAGGGAUUUUUGAAGAGAAUUAAUACCAGGAUUUCGAAGAAUGCGGUGAAAAAAGCGUCGCAGAUUCUAUUGAAUUUGGAAUUUUUGGCAGCAAUUUUGUAUUUUGCCGCGAAUUCGAUUGGAUGUAGGAAUUUGCUGAUUUCGGAUAUAAUUCGAUGGUUGAGAGAAGAUCGAUUCGGAAUUUCGAGAAAAGAGAUCAAUUUGUUGAAUCGUGGAGGAUUUGAGAAAUACAAAUCGAAACAGCAACAAGGAGAAUGGCAGAGUUUUUUGGAUUUUCAUGAAACCGAUUUGCGAUUUCCGCUUUAUGAGAUUUAUCGGGUGGUGGUGUUGAUGGAACAGAGUUUGGAGUUGAAAAUGGAGGCGGGAGGAUUUGAGAAGGUAAGUUUUUGGAAAAAAAUUUGAUAUGAGCAAUGCAAGUCUUCCCGAAAUUUCAAGUCGAAGUCAAAAAAUUUCCGAAAAUUUUGAAUUUUUCGAAUUUCCGCCUUAAUUUUGUGAUAAAAAAAUUGGAAAAUUGAAAAGUUUUUAGAAUUUUGAUUUAAAAAAAAUCCAAAAUCUCGAAAUGUCAGAAAAAAGUCAUUAAUAUGAGCAAUACUGAAUUUUAGUUAUUGCUCAUAUUAAACUAUUGCUCAUAUUAAACUAUUCUAGUCUUUAGGAACUUCUCUCGAAGUUUUGAAAAAAAUUUUUGAAUUUUUCGAAUUUCCGCCUCAAUUUUUGACAAAAAAAUUGGGACAUUUUUCGAAUUUCCGCAAAAAAUUUUCAGAAAAACAAGAGGUCAUUAAUAUGAGCAAUGCUGAAAUUUUAGUCAUUGCUCAUAUUAUUCUAAAAGAAAAAAUGCUUUUUUGAUGCAUUGCUCAUAUUAGACGAACAAAAAAGUCAUUAAUAUGAGAAAUUUUAAGGCAUUGCUCAUAUUAUAAAUUUUCCAGCUCUCUGCUCGACUAAUCGAUAAUCUGAAUCUUCCCUCCGAUCUCCACCAUCGUUGUCUAAUUCUCCACUCUCUCAUCCCGUGCAAUUUCGAUUUUUGGCAUCAAGCCAACUCAAAAAACGGCUAUAGUUUAGCCGAACUCGCUGACAUGAAACCCAACACAUCUUACGCCGCUUUUAUGAAUUGUUUUGGAAAUCGCGAAAGUUUGUUCUACGAAUCUAGUGAGGAAGAAGUUCUGCUAACUCCCGAAACCAAGAUUUUAGCCUAUAUUCUUUUUGCACUCAAAUUAUCGAUUGAUUUGGAUGGGGAAGUUGAAAAUGAAAAUGAAAAUGAACAUGAGCUGAAAUUCGACAUUGACACAUAUUUGCAUCAACUCGAAAUGCGUCUAAAAUGUUGGCAAGGUCACGAUAUUUCAAAAAUCCUUCGAGAAUCCGCAAAAAUCCCGGAAAUCGCGGGAAAACUACCGUUUGGCGACAAUUUUCAUCCGCAAAUUUUGACUUGGGAUGUGGGAAAUUUGAGAUGGAGAAGACAAUAUGGGUUUAGACAAUGUGUUCCGAUGGAUUUGGGUUUUGAGAAGGUAAAUUUUUUGAAUUUUUCAUAAUAUGAGCAAUGGUUGGAAAAAAUGCGGGAAAAUAAUAGUUUUCUGAUAGAAAAAACUAUGGACUUUGAGCUCUAAUAUGAGCAAUGCUUAAAAACAUGCUGAAAAUACUUUCUUUAACAUGAGCAAUCUCAAAAAGUUUUCAAAAACCUCUAACACAAGAAAUUCAAAACAUUGCAUUGCUCAUAUUAAACUUUCAAACUCUAAACAUGAGCAAUCCCUAGAAAAUUGAUUAUUUUAACACAAUGUGCUGCUCAUAUUAAAAAAUACCAAUAAAUAUUUCUUUAACAUGAGCAAUCCACUAAAAUACUUCCUCAAAUUUCCCCGAAUUUUUCCAGACCCACAACCUGCCAACAAUCUUCAAAACCCGCCAAAAUUCGAUGCAAAACGACGAUUUUCAGCUUCCCGAAGCCUUGCUUUCCCCGCUAAAAUUUCAGAGACGUGUGGUACGAAAAGAACACGUUGAAUAUGAGGAUAAUCUGAAGACUUUCAACAAAAGUUUCCUGGAUUUGAAAAUUGUUGAGAAUUCUGGGAGAAAUGAGGAUUUCGCCGCCAUUUUUCCGGCUGCCAAACGAUAUUUGGUGAGUUUUUUUUGGGAUAGACAGGGUUUUGCGGUUUUUAAAAAUGAAAAUUUUAGGCCACGCCCAUAAAAGUGUGCGCUGAAAAAUUUUUUUGCAGAAAUUUGACAAGCCCGAUCGAACCAGCAAAUGUGUGGCGAGGAAAAAUCGAGGAGAGGUAACUAUUUUUUGGCGGGAAAUUUUGAAUUUUGAAAAAAUUAUUCGAAACAAUUCGAAUUCUCAGGCAAAAAGUUGAAAAAAAGUUUCUAAAAUUUAUUUUUUCACCAGAGAAUCCCAAAAAUCCCCCAAUUUUUCCAGAAUUCCUCAAUUCACCGAAUUUAUCUUUCACUUCAAACAAUUCAAGACAUUUAUCUCUGCGCCGAAGACUCGAUUUCACCCCGCUUCGAUUUUUUGCUCAAAUCGUUUGCUCUCACAAUCGGCGAAGAUUUUCGUGCAAUCUACACCGCAUUUUGUAUGCUCGAAACGCAUUUCUUGCAACCCGACAAGAUUCACAAAUUCAAAAGCGCAUUUUUGAAUUCGGACAAUUUGCCGAUGAAUUUUGAAAAGUAUCGAAAGACUGGAAAAUAUCGAUGUUGGCAAGUUGGAAUAACUCCCGAAGAGCCGAUUUCGAGCAUUGAUGAAUUGGAUUUGUUCCGAUUUUCAGACGCUUUUUGUUUUGUGGAAGGUAAGAUGAGCUUAAAAUUAAUCUGAAAUUUUCCACGUGGCACUGUUUUUGAGCUGAAUUUUGAAGUGUUCAGAAAAUUUGCAUGAAAAUUUUGUGCCACGUGGAUUUUUGGUGAGCUAAAAAUGAGCUGAUAAUGCGAAAAUUCGAAUUUUCAAAAAAAAAAUCCGAAAAAUUGUCCUCGAGAACUACAAAAUUUGAAAAUUUUCGUGCCACGUGGAUUUUUGAUGAACUAAAAAUGAGCUGAUAAUGCGAAAAUUCGAAUUUUCAAAAAAAAAUUCCGAAAAAUUGUCCUCGAGAACUACAAAAUUUGAAAAUUUUCGUGCCACGUGGAUUUUUGGCUCGAAUACUUAUAUUUUUGAAAGAGCUAAACUUUGUUGAAAAAUUUCAAAAUUUCGAAAAUUUUUAAAAACUUUCCUAGAAUAUUUGAUUUGUCACAUAAAAAUUGAAUUUUUGAGAAAAAUUAGUGCCACGUAGAUUUGAGUUUCAAAAAAUUUAAAAUUUUCAUUUUUCAAAAUUUCCUAAUUUUUUCCUCGAGAACUACAAAAUUUAUUGCCACGUGGCAAAUUAUUUGAAUUCAAAAAUUUUUUUUCCAGGAACCUCUGGCGAUGUGGAAUUAUCCAGUGAAAGCGACGACAACGAAGACGAGGAGGAAAAUAAUGAUAAUAAUGUUAAUUACCCGGCUGUUUUGCGCAGCUUGCGAUUCCGCGGCGACGAAAAUUCGCAGCAGCGACGCGAGUUGCGAUUAACAAAUCGCGCCUUUGAUUUUGACACGAUUUUUGCGAUUUUGUCGCUGAAAAACUGGUAG